AACGUACACAGGAAUGAGUCACAGGCACUGUGAACAGUAUAAAACUGCUUGCUGGGUGGGUCUCUCAGCACUCGCUUCAAAUUGUUCUCUACGCCCCUACUCUGCAGUCCACUACCAUCAUGCCUUCCGACCUAGAAAAUGCUAUGCUGUCUCUCAUGGCGAUUUUCCACAAAUAUUCCGAGAAAGAGGGCAGCAAAGGCAGCUUGAGCAAUUCAGAACUGAAGGAUCUCUUUAAAGGUGAACUGGGAUGCUUCCUGAAGAACCAGAAGGACGAAAAAGCUGUGGACAAGAUCAUGGCCGAUCUGGACCACAACGGAGACGGCACGGUGGAUUUCCAGGAGUUUGCCAUCUUGGUGAUUUCUCUGACCAUCGCUUGCCACGAACAGUUUCAGAAAAGUUUCCAGGUUACCAUCAUGCUUUCCCAGCUGGAAUCUGCCAUGGAUGCGAUAAUCCAGGUUUUCUACAAAUAUUCCGGCAAAGAGGGAAACAAGUACAUUCUGACCAAAGGCGAACUCAAAGAUCUUCUCUCGGGAGAGCUGAUCAGCUUCUUGAAGAGCCAAAAGGAUCCAAAUUGCGUGGAUGACAUCAUGAGAGACUUGGAUGUCAACAGUGAUGGAAAAGUGGAUUUCCAGGAGUUUAUCCACCUUGUCACAGUCCUCACUAUUGCCUGUAAUGACUUCUUCAUUGACCUCCUAAAGAAACAAGGCAAGAUGUAA